UAAAACCGGCACAAAUCCGUACCCUCUCUCUUCCUCUUCAUCCUCCUCUUCUCGACUUCCUCCUGUUAUUGACAGAUCAACACAGCCUUCAGUUGGCAGCUUUCUGGAAGAACCUUCUAGGAGAACCGCCCAGGCCGGCCAUCAGGAGUAAUGGAUCUUCGAGAGAGGAGUUUUCCAUAGAUUAAUCAAUUACUGCCGGCCGGUUUCGGACUUCUUCCCUUCUUCUUCUUCAUCUGGAGAGGCGUUUUCUGUGCGAUGGAGGAGGGGAAGAUGGGGAACGUGGCCACGGUUCGCGCGGUGCUGGCCAUCCUCCAAUGGUGGGGCUUCAACGUUACCGUCAUCAUCAUGAACAAGUGGAUCUUCCAGAAACUGGAGUUCAAAUUUCCUCUGACUGUGUCAUGCGUCCACUUCAUAUGCUCUUCCAUCGGAGCUUACAUCGCAAUCAAAGUGCUCAAAAUAAAACCGCUGAUCGAGGUUGCCCCCGAGGAUCGCUGGAAAAGGAUAUUCCCUAUGUCAUUUGUGUUCUGCAUAAAUAUUGUGCUGGGAAAUGUCAGUCUGCGGUAUAUCCCGGUCUCCUUCAUGCAAACCAUAAAAUCUUUCACUCCUGCAACAACAGUUAUUCUGCAGUGGUUGGUCUGGAGGAAAUAUUUUGAGUGGCGCAUAUGGGCUUCUUUGGUUCCAAUAGUGGGUGGAAUCCUCCUAACUUCAGUAACUGAGCUGAGCUUCAAUAUGUCUGGUUUUUGCGCUGCCAUGGUUGGUUGCCUGGCCACAUCUACAAAAACUAUCUUGGCAGAGUCCCUACUCCAUGGAUACAAAUUUGACAGCAUUAACACAGUGUACUACAUGGCACCCUUUGCCACCAUGAUACUGUCGAUACCAGCGAUUGUUCUCGAAGGGGGCGGCGUGAUCAACUGGCUUUACACAUACGACUCAACUGUCCCUGCACUGAUCAUCAUAAUUACCUCAGGAGUGUUGGCCUUCUGCCUCAACUUCUCCAUCUUCUACGUUAUCCAUUCGACUACGGCGGUGACCUUCAAUGUAGCCGGCAACCUUAAGGUUGCUGCCGCGGUGCUGAUCUCGUGGAUGAUCUUCCGAAACCCGAUCUCCGCCAUGAACGCCGUAGGGUGUGGGAUCACGCUUGUCGGCUGCACCUUCUACGGCUACGUGAGGCAUCUGAUCUCGCAGCAGGCCACAGCCCAGAGCCCGCGCACCCCGAGAAGCCGGUUGGAGAUGCUCCCCCUAGUAGGCGAAAAGCAAGAGAACUAGCAGUCAUGACACUGACAUAUAUAGAGGCACUCUUGACAACCACAGGAAUAAUGAGAACACGGCUUUGGGGUUUAGCAGAGUUUUUCAUAGGAUACACAAGUGACGAUGCUGUAUUUGGUCACCCGGCUUUCUUCAGAUGUUUUCUGUUAGUUGCUGC